UAUUCACAGAUAUAGUCUGGCCGUCUUAUUGUAGGCGACAGAUUAAUGUACGAAGCUUUACGUAGCAAUAAGUUAAGAGAAACUUUGUUGCUCGAUUCGAUGUGGACAGAAAACAUUUAUGCAUCAAACGUUGUUGGGCAUGUGACGUGAAAUUCUUAAAGUGUAAUGUAGCUGUGUAGUUAUUAAAAUGUGAAGAACGGUCUUUCAAGUCAAAGAUCUGCACCUGACUGCCAAUAAUCAGGUUCACAGAUGGUCAGUGAGGAUCUGGUCUGACUGCUAACAGGUGUUUUUUCAACACCUAUCACCAAUAAACAUGAUUUUAAGGAUAUGAACUGAACUUACGUUAAUGAAAAAACAUUUUUGUCUAUUAUAUAAUACAUCAAUCGUACAGUCCACUUCCUGAUUAAGUGCACACCUUAGCCCUCAAAAAGAAAAGGACAUUUUGAUCAAGCAACUGGAUUUUUCAUUUCUGUGGAAAGAGAAGCACUAGUGUUUGCCACAAGCAUCAUGGCGUUUGCAGUUGAUUGCAAUGGUCGUGACUCUCCAUCUUUGGAGAAUGGAGAGAAUCUGUUUGGACCAGAAGAGGAAGUUGAUAUUGAUAUGGAGGUUGCACCAUUGGUAUCAAAGAAUGCCCUUGUGAGUCCUACCAAUGAAGAGUACGAGUCCCUUCUGGAAGAGAUCAAAUCUCGUGCAGAGGAUGGACAGGGAGAGACGAUAUUUGAGAUUGGAACUGGAGAGGGAGAAAAGCCUGGGUUGAAUGACCCUGAUUUCCUGGCAUCUGUAGCCACACUGAAGAGCAUUGCUGAGUCACUACAGAUGGAAAUUGUACCACUAAGGGAGAGAACUGCUGCAGAGGGGAAAACAGCUGAAUUCCUUCUCAGACGAAGAUUAGACUCUGAGGAUUUUAUGGAAGUCAGAGUGGCGGUUGUGGGGAAUGUAGACGCCGGGAAGAGUACCCUUCUGGGUGUGUUGACUCACGGGGAGCUGGACAAUGGUAGGGGCGUGGCCAGACAGAAGCUAUUCCGACACAAGCAUGAGAUGGAGUCCGGCAGAACCAGCAGCGUUGGCAACGACAUUCUGGGCUUCGACACAACAGGAAAUGUUGUCAACAAACCCGACCAUGGGCCUGACUGGAUCAAAAUAUGUGAAGAAGCAGCUAAAGUUAUCACCUUCAUAGAUCUUGCUGGACACGAGAAGUACCUGAAGACAACAGUGUUCGGGAUGACUGGACAUGCCCCAGACUUUGCCAUGUUGAUGGUCGGCUCCAAUGCCGGAGUGAUCGGCAUGACAAAGGAGCACUUAGGUCUGGCUCUUGCUCUUAACGUCCCUGUGUUUGUUGUGGUCACUAAGAUCGACAUGUGUCCUCCCAACGUGUUACAAGACACACUCAAGUUGUUACAGAGGAUACUGAAAUCACCAGGCUGUCGGAAAAUACCUGUACUUGUUCAAAACAAAGAUGAUGUAGUUUGUUCAGCAACCAACUUCACAUCAGAAAGGAUGUGCCCAAUCUUCCAAGUAUCCAAUGUCACAGGGGAAAAUCUAGAUUUGUUAAAAAUGUUCCUCAACUUGUUAUCAACACGAGUGAAAUGCGACAUGCAGAAGCCAGCUGAGUUCCAGAUAGACGACACAUUCUCAGUUCCUGGUGUAGGGACAGUGGUUUCAGGGACGUUACUCCAAGGCUACAUCAGACUGAACGACACGUUACUCCUGGGGCCUGAUGCCCUGGGGCAGUUCAUGCCUAUUGUUGUCAAGAGUAUACACAGGAAGAGGAUGCCGGUGAAGGAGGUCAGGGGAGGGCAAACUGCAUCAUUUGCACUCAAAAAGGUGAGGAAACGUUCCGGCCACGCCAGCGCCGUCGCACAGAACACGCGGCAGCAGAGAGCAACCAAAAAGGCGCAAGAGAACAAGCACCAGAUUAAUCCUCAGAACGAGCCUCAGAAACCUAGCAAACGGAACCGAAGAUCAAGACAUCGGCAUGACGAUCACCAUGACGAAGGGAAGGAGAACGCAGAACAUGGGAGUCCAAGUGUGAACGCUAGUGUAGGGAACGCCACCUCGGCAGCAAGCACAUCCAAAGCACCAUGAACAGUUGACACAAUCGGUGAUGGUUGUAUUUUAUAAUUUGAAACACAUUGAGCUGUUAUGACAUCAGUUGUGCAUCUGCUGAUCACAUUAAUGAAUUAAACUAUAGAAUCUACGUGUACAGAUGAGAAGUAUUUAUACAUUGUGUGGAAUAUCCUUGAAAUUCCUGUUUUUUAAUUGUUUAUGGUAACUAAUAAGAAAAACAAAACAAGACGUGUUAGGGCAAAACAGCGUCCCUGUGUGGCAGCAAUACUAAUAAUUAUAAUCUGUUUUAUCUAUAUUUGUCCUGUUUGUUUCCUUUACAAGUCUUUAGUUUCUUUACACUUCACUAAUAUGUCUUCUGUUCACCUCCCUUGCUUAAUUGUUAUAGUGGUAUUGCCAGCAGAAUAGGAUGCCUGUACCCCUUCAUCAUUAAAGAAGACCAGAUGAUAAGUAGGAAGUAACCCUUGCCUUUAUUACAAAAUGACAUAUACAGUGAGACCCUGGAUACCCAGACCCCAAGUAUCCGGAAACCUCGCCUUCAGGUCGAUUUUCAUAAAAACAAAAAAUCUCCGACGUUAUAAAAGUGACCGUCUAUAACGGAUAUGCGGUUUCCGUUUGCGGACGGUAAAUUUUACAAACCAACCACCUAAAUCAACACAAACCUGGACUCACUUAUCCGCUCGAAGCUUUGAUCUUCCGCUGACCGUGUGAAGUGAAGCGCGAAUGUCCCACGUGUCUUGACACGAGACAAGUUCUGCUAAUCCAGAUUAAUGACCAAUCAGCAGGGUAUUGGUGGUGAUUCGUAGACACAGAGUGACACAGAGUGUAAUUGGCAAAUCAAAACGACCACGCUGUUUUAAAUGUGAUUUUAAACCAGAAGUGUAUGCUCGCUACCGUUUCAACACCAAAACCUGGAUGACAGAAAUCCAGAUAUCCGGAUAUUCAGUUAUCCAGACGAUUUACGCAAAAAUGAAAGUGUCUGGAUAUCCUGGGGCUCACUGUACAAUGGUCCCAACCACCUGUGGUAUAGUUUAGUCAAAAUGCAUUAACAAACUAUUGUUAUGAAAAACUCAAAUUAAUGGUCCCUUUGAAUUUGUUAUAACUGUUGAUUGCAUAUAUUUUCUUCUCCAGAUUACAGAGUCAGUGGUUGAAUUAAAUUUUUUGGAACACUGGGUCUUAUUUAAACAAUUUGUAAGGAGUAAGAAAAUGUUGGAUUGUUAUCAGCAAAAGUAAAGGGGUUUCCCAGAUUCUACUUUGAAGUAAGUUUGGCAUUACAGAUAUUAGCUCACAAAUCAGUGGAAAGAUAUACAUGCAGAUUUUGAAUCCAGUUUUGUGAAACUUUUUGGAUAUCUACUAACAAAAAUAUGAAACACACCUGCCUUAAAUGGUCUCUCCAGCAAGCUAGGUGGGUAUGGUGUGUGAUAGCUCUCGUAUAACCUUGACAAAAUGGUGGACUGACCUCCCCUUGGCUGCUUGUUUCCAUGAUCCUAUAAUCCAGGGUUGGUAUUCCAGAUUCACACUGAUUCUGAUAUUUGUUUUUCUUAUUGCCAUAGCAAUGCUUUGGAUUCUCCAAAAUGGUAAACACCUACAGACUGUAUGUUAUCAGGCAUGUCUCUCACUGAAAAUGACACUGGUUUAACUGUAAUACUGUUUUUGCUGCAGAAAACCACAGUUCACUCUCUCUAAAUAGAAUGGGGGGCGGUGGGGUAGCCUAGUGGUUAAACUGUUGGCUCGUCACGCCGAAGACCCGGGUUCGAAUCCCCACAUGGGCACAAUGUGUGACUCCCAUUUCUGGUGUUCCCCGCCGUGAUGUUGCUGGAAUAUUGCUAAAAACGGCAUGAAACCAAACUCAGUCAGUCAGUCAGUCUAAAUAGAAUGGGAUGAGCAUUAGGGAUCAAAUUCCACAUUGCACUUUUCAAUAAGAUAUGGACAUUUAUUAUGUUAAUUUGUUUAGUACAGUUAGGUGGGAAACUCAAGGGUGAUGAAAUUUGUUUUGUAGUUUUAUAGAUUACAAACUUGAAUCAUGUUAAUGUUGAGUCAGUUGAAACACAGUGACAUCAAGAUUUUCUGGUCAGAUGACCAGCCUGUGUUUGAUUGAAGUAACAGAUACACAAUUAUUAAUUAACAGGAAUAUUGCAAAAUUACUGUUAGUGAUUCUGGGACAUCUAAGUGGUUCUGGAUUGUUGAGUAUAACAAUAAAUCGCUGUGGUUUACAACAUA